CACAAGGCCAAGAGGCACCGUGUGUUUCCCUAAAUGCCCUCACCCCCGUGCUGGCCGAGGCAGAAGCUGGAUGACUUCGAUGUGCGCCAGCUCUACGAGUGCAACUGGAUCGUCGUCAACUGCUCCACUCCAGCCAACUUCUUCCACGUCCUGCGGCGCCAGAUCCUGCUGCCCUUCCGCAAACCGCUGAUAAUCUUCACUCCAAAGUCGCUGCUGCGCCACCCCGAAGCGCGCUCCAGCUUCGAUGACAUGCUGCCAGGUACGAGUGUCCCCCCACGCUGCUGCACGGGGUGAAGGGCAGGAGCCUGU